AUGCCUCAUGGCCUCGGGGAGGUGGCUGCCAUAAAGCUGCUCGCUUGCACGACACUAGUCCCAGCUCAGCGCCUCUGCGCGCUGGGAGAGUAUUACUACCCCCCGACGUACGCGAGAGUGAAGCUCCCGGCCGCGCUCCCUGCCCGCCUGGGCGCCCUCUCCUCCGGGAGCCCAGGUCCCCCAGUGGGUCGCGGCGGCAGCACCCUCAGGCCAGGCCGCGGGGGGAGGGGCAGCACGGGCCGCGAAAGUGGGGCCAUGGAACGCAGGGAAUCGGGGAAGGCUCCAGUGACGUUUGAUGACAUCACAGUGUACUUGCUCCAGGAGGAAUGGCUGCUGCUGAGUCAGCAGCAGAAGGACCUCUGUGGCUCUGACAAGCUGGUGGCACCGCUGGGAGCGACUGUGGCUGGCCCCAACUUGUUCGGGGAGUUUGGGCGAGGGUCCAAGCCAUGGGUAGGCGACAUCCACAGUCAAAGGAGUCUUCUGGGCCAUCACUCUGGAAAAAAUCAGGUGGGAUACAUGAAAAAAAUGGAUGCAGAGAAUCUGGCCCAGGACAGUGGACCAUACCUGCCACCACUGAAGAAAGCCUGCCUUGUCCCCUCAAGUCCAGAGGGUGACACCAUCGAGGGAGACUGGACAGGAAGAAGCAAGAAACCCCGUUCCAUCCAGAAGUCGUGGUUUGUACAGUUUCCAUGGUUGAUCAUGAACGAGGAGCAGACGGCUUUGUUUUGCUCUGCCUGCCGAGCAUACCCAUCUGUCAGGGACAAACGGUCAAGAUUAAUAGAAGGUUAUACUGGACCAUUCAAGGUGGAGACCCUCAAGUACCAUGCCAAGAGCAAAGCUCACUUGUUCUGUGUCAAUGCCUUGGCCGCCCGAGACCCCAUCUGGGCAGCCCGUUUCCGGAGCAUCAGAGACGGGUCUGCAGGUGUCCUGGCUGGCACCGAGCACCUCUUCCCUGUAAAUUACCCCAUGUUCUACCCACCAGAGCCUUUGGGAGACUUUGAUAAGAUGACCAAACUCCUGCCAAGUUCGAGAGCUGAACUGGAGGACCCUGAGCGGAGCACAGCAAUACCUGCAUUGUAUCUGGACUGCAUUGCAGAUUUAAGGCAAAAAGAAAUCUCCGGUGACAGUCACAACUCCUCAAACAUUAACAUUUUAGGCGAUAAUACUAUUGAAUUCUGCAGGCAGGGCCCUGCAGAGGAGGGGCUACUAGAGGUACCCGUGGUGCUUGAGAAGCUUCCGGCCAUGUUUGAGGAUGUGGCAGUGUAUUUCACGCGGGAGGAGUGGGGCCUGCUGGACAAGCAGCAGAAGGAGCUGUACCGAAACGUGAUGCAGAUGAACUAUGAGCUGUUGGCAUCCCUGGGGCCUACUGCUGCCAAGCCAGACUUGAUCUCAAAACUGGAGCGGAGAGCUGCACCCUGGAUCAAGGAUCCAAACAGUCUGAAGUCGGGGAAGGGUCAUCCACCAGCCUGCAAAGAGAGACCCAUGCUCCAUGACAAAUCAUCUCGGUUAGUCCAAGGCUACACUGGGCCCUUUAAGGUGGAAACUUUAAAGUACCAUGAAGUCAGCAAGGCUCACAAGCUCUGCAUCAACACUGUGGAGGUCAAAGACAGCAGUCCUCAGGCCACCCUGGUCCCAGAGAUCUCCAGCGACCUCAUGGCCAACAUGGAACACUUCUUCAAUGCUGCCUACUCCAUUGCGUACCACUCUCGGCCCCUGAAUGACUUUGAGAAGAUGCUGCAGCUCCUCCAAAGCACUGGGACCAUGAUAUUAGGGAAGUACAGAAACCGUACUGCGUGCACACAGUUCAUCAAAUACAUCUCAGAGACCCUGAAGAAGGAGAUCCUUGGGGAUAUCCGCAGGUCCCCAUGUGUGAGCGUGUUGCUGGACAGCUGCAGGGACUCCUCCAACCAGGCCUGCAUGGGGAUUUACAUCCGCUACCUUAAGGAGCUGGAGGUGAAAGAGUCUUACAUCACCCUGGCCCCACUCCAUAGUGAGACAGUGGAUGGGUACUUUGAGACCAUCAUUGCAGCCCUGGACGAGCUGGACAUCCCUUUCCGGAAGCCUGGCUGGGUGGUGGGCCUGGGCACCAAUGGCUACACCAUGCUGAGCUGCAAAGGCGGCCUUGUGGAGAAGCUCCAGGAGAUCAUCCCGCAGCUGCUGCCUGUCUAUUGCGUGGCCCACCAGCUGCACCUGGCCGUGGUGGACGCUUGCGGGAGAAUCGAUCUGAUGAAGAAGUGUGACCGGCACAUCCGGACCGUCUUCAAGUUUUACCAAUCCUCCAACAAGAGGCUGAGCGAGCUGCAGGACAGUGCAGCGCCCCUGGAGCAGGAAAUUGUCCGGCUGAAGGACCUGAAUGCUGUCCGCUGGGUAGCCAGCAAGAGGCGUACACUGAACACACUCCUCAUGAGCUGGCCUGCGCUGGUGCGGCACCUCCAAACUGUGGCGGAAGCAGGGGGCCAGGUCGGGCAUAGGGCCCAGGGCCUGCUGAAGCUGAUGAAGGGCUUACAUUUCAUCAAGUUCUGCCACUUCCUCUUGGACUUCCUGAGCAUCUACAGGCCCCUGGCUGAGGUGUGCCAGAAGGAGAUGGUGCUGAUCACAGAGGUGAACUCUGAGCUGGGGCGUGCCUAUGUCGCUCUGGAGACCCUCCGCCACCAGGCAGGACCCAAAGAGGAGGAGUUCAAUGCCAGUUUCCAGGAUGGGCAGCUGCAUGGUGUCUUUCUGGACAGGGUGGAGAUGGCAGAGCAGCGGUUCCAGGUGGACAGGGAGAGGAUGAUCCUGACUGGGCUGGAGUACCUUCAGCAGAGGUUUGAUGUAGACCGGCCGGUGCAGCUCAAGAACAUGGAGGUGUUUGACACCAUGGCCUGGCCGGGUGGGGUGGAGCUGGUCCACUUUGGGAAUGAUGACAUUCUCAGCCUUGCCAGGCAUUUUGAGCUCUCCUUACCCAUAGGGUACAGUGAGGAGGCACUGCUGGAGGAGUGGCUGGGCCUGAAAGUGGCUGCCCAGAACCUCCCAUUCUCCAUGCUGUGUAAAAAUGCCCUGGCCCAGCGCUGCCGCUUCCCCUUGCUCAGCAAGCUCAUGGCCGUGGUGGUCUGCAUGCCCAUCUCCACCUCCUGCUGUGAGCGUGGGUUCAAGGCCAUGAACCGCAUCAGGACUGAUGAGAGGACCAAGCUCUCCAAUGAGGUGCUCAACAUGCUCAUGAUGACAGCGGUGAACGGAGUAGCAGUCACAGAGUAUGACCCACAGCCUGCCAUCCAGCACUGGUACCUGACCUCCUCAGGCCGGCGCUUCAACCACGUGUACGCCUGUGCCCAGGAGCCCGCCCACUCCCACACAGGUGCUGGGCCCAGGAAGAAGGGGCUGGGAACACGGAAGUGGCCGAUCACGCCCUCCGGGGAGCCCUGGAGGCUCUGAAGGAUGCUCGUGGAGCCCCGAGACUCCUGUACUGCGCCAGCCCGGGGGCCCCGAGCCAUCUUGAGGGAGGAGGGCUUGAAGAAGGCCUGGGGGACCCACGUGGCCCUGCCACCUGACCAGCUCAUGGGGACAGACUGCAUACUCUGGGCUGUCCUGGUGGGGUCACCCCUGAGUUCUAGAAAGUGGCCUCCAAGGGACACCAGGCAUUGCCCCAGGCCUCAGUGCAAGGUAUGCCCAGAGGGUCUCCUGUCCAUUUUUAAGGUCCUCCAGAAAGAGUCCCGGCCCAUCACUUGCCGGCGGCAGAUGAUGUCCCUGAAUUGGGAGAGACCAUCGGGGCUGGGAGCCGAAAGGAGCAUCCCAGGCCUCCGAGUCCCUGGCAGGGCAGCAAGUCUUCAUUAGGGUGGUAGCCUGGCUUCAAGAGACCCCAGGAGUCAGCCUUCAGGGCCACUGGCAGCUCCCGGACAGAAUCAGCAGGAUCUGGAUCAGGUGGGAAACACAUGUCAGAGAGUUCUGCUCCUCCUCUGGGUGUACCCUAGGAUGAAAGAGGAGAACCCUUCCCCAGAGCACCUGAGAAGGGCGGUCUUGCCUGGUGCCCUUCCUGGUGCUCUCCUUGGGUGUGUUUUCCUGAGGAAUAUGUGGGUCAAGCUCAGAAUUGAUCCAGCCAGGCUCUGCUGCAGGCAGUGGCUUGCCUGUGAUUAGUCCCUCGUGCUUAUCUGUGCCUCAGUUUCCCUCUCUACGCCAUGGCAGCUGAGAAUCCAAGUGCCUGCUUGCGCUCCGUGUGCCCCAGCAUAGUGGCAACAGCCUCGCACUCCUUGAGAGAGGGCCAUCUCUACCCUGUGGUCUCCCCAUCCCUGUCCUUAGCGUGAAGUUUGCUACAGAGUCCUCUUGUGGGCAGAGGUGCUGUCCAAAUGGGCCAUCAGCAGGACAGGGGUGUCCCCUCCUCUGCAGGCUGCCCUGGGGACUCUGCUUGGAAUUUCCAGCACUGCUUGGUGAAUAUGCCCUGCACAGUCCUGUUCCCGGACUGGACUCAGAGAUGAGGGUUUCUAACAAGCUGCCCCAGAACUUUGUGGGGGUCCUCCACUUAGGACACCUCCAUCACUAGCAGGUCCCUGGUCCCCUUCCCAUUGUCCCUUCCUACCUGGAGAGAGCUCUCUCCUCCCAGGGCGGUGUGGUCUUGGCAGACUCCAGGCUGCUGAGCUGGAUAGGAAGCUGGUGUCCGGGUUCUGCUUCCCUAGCCAGUUGGGAAGUUAGGGAUGUCUGUGCAAAGGGCUUCUUGCUCCUGCCUCAUGCUCAUUUAGUCAGACAAGGACCCUGUGUGCUGCCCCUCUGCAGGGGACCCUGCUCUGUGAUGCUGGCACCCAGGCAUCUCCCCAUCCUGCAGACUCCCUGGUUCCCAACAUCUGCACUCACCUUAGCACUUCACAUUGCUGUCUUUCUCCUCUCUGCCUCCACCCUAUGGAGGUGUCUCCUCUCCAGCUCUGGAGGUGUCUCCUCUCCACCUCUGGAGGUGGACCUCAGAGUUCCCCAGGGAGGAAGCACUUUCCCUUUGGGCAGAGUCCUGGCCCUCAUCUUCACCCAGGUACUCAUCCUGGCACCUGUCCCCCCAUUCCCUUAUGACUGAUGCCCACUGGGGCUGACAUUCCACAUAAUCAGCAAUGUACCAGAUGCUUUGAUUUCAGUAGCCACAGAGACUUGGGGGUGAGGGAGCCCUGCCUUGUCCAGGCCAGACACCUCUGAGGGCGACCAACUUCAGACCUGUGCUCUCUGUCCUGCAAAGUGGAGUCCCUAGGGUGCUAUCUAUAGAUCAGCACAGGGUGGAGGUCACCAGUUUCCUCACACAGGUGUCUGCAUGGCCAAGAGCACCAAGGAUGACUGGUCAUGGAUGUCCUUACUUCCCUUGGUUUCGACGAUGUGCACAUGUUUAGAAUAACCAUGUUCGAUUCUUAAUCUUUUGCUAUCUGAAUAAAGCAGAGUUUAUUUCCACACA